CUCCUCCGUCUCCGUCCCCGGCGCCGCUCCGGACCACUAUGACCAUGAGAUCCGCAGUGUUCAAGGCGGCCGCGGCCCCUGCCGGCGGCAACCCUGAGCAGCGACUGGACUACGAGCGGGCUGCGGCGCUGGGCGGGCCGGAGGACGAUCCCGGGGCGGCCGAAGCCCACUUCCUCCCCCGGCACCGUAAGCUCAAGGAGCCGGGGCCCCCGCUGGCCUCCUCCCAGGGCGGGAGCCCCGCGCCCUCCCCGGCCGGCUGCGGCGGCAAGGGCCGGGGCUUGUUACUGCCGGCUGGGGCGGCCCCCGGGCAGCAGGAAGAGAGCUGGGGCGGCUCGGUGCCCUUGCCCUGUCCGCCCCCGGCCACCAAACAAGCCGGCAUUGGGGGGGAGCCAGCGGCCGCCGGAGCUGGCUGCAGCCCCCGGCCCAAGUAUCAGGCGGUGCUGCCCAUUCAGACAGGCUCUCUCGUGGCGGCGGCCAAAGAGCCUACGCCCUGGGCUGGGGACAAGGGUGGGGCGACUCCCCCAGCUGCCACCGCCUCGGACCCGGCAGGACCCCCACCACUACCUCUGCCCGGGCCACCACCCCUCGCGCCCACCGCCACCGCCGGGACCCUGGCGGCAAGCGAGGGCAGAUGGAAGAGUAUGAGGAAGAGCCCUCUCGGUGGUGGCGGCGGCUCGGGAGCCUCCAGUCAGGCCGCCUGCCUCAAACAGAUCCUUCUGCUGCAAUUGGACCUCAUCGAACAGCAGCAGCAGCAGCUGCAAGCCAAGGAAAAGGAGAUCGAGGAGCUGAAGUCUGAGAGAGACACGCUCCUUGCUCGGAUUGAACGUAUGGAAAGGCGGAUGCAGCUGGUAAAAAAGGAUAACGAGAAAGAAAGGCACAAGUUGUUUCAGGGCUAUGAAACUGAAGAGAGAGAGGAAACGGAGCUAUCAGAGAAAAUUAAACUGGAGUGCCAGCCGGAGCUUUCCGAGACAUCCCAGGCUCUGCCUCCCAAGCCUUUCUCAUGUGGGCGUAGUGGAAAGGGACACAAAAGGAAAUCCCCAUUUGGAAGUACAGAAAGAAAGACUCCUGUUAAAAAGCUGGCUCCUGAAUUUUCAAAAGUCAAAACAAAAACACCUAAGCACUCUCCCAUUAAAGAGGAGCCCUGUGGUUCCUUAUCUGAAACUGUUUGUAAACGUGAAUUGAGGAGCCAAGAAACUCCAGAAAAGGCCAGGUCUUCAGUGGACACCCCACCAAGACUCUCCACUCUCCAGAAGGGACCCAGCGGCCAUCCCAAGGAGAAAGCCUUCUCAAGUGAGAUAGAAGAUUUGCCGUACCUUUCCACCACAGAAAUGUAUUUGUGUCGUUGGCACCAGCCUCCCCCAUCACCGUUACCAUUACGGGAAUCCUCUCCAAAGAAGGAGGAGACUGUAGCAAGGUGUCUGAUGCCUUCAAGUGUUGCAGGAGAAACUUCAGUCUUGGCUGUUCCUUCUUGGAGGGACCAUUCAGUAGAGCCUCUAAGGGACCCAAAUCCUUCAGACCUUUUGGAGAACCUGGAUGACAGUGUGUUUUCGAAGCGGCAUGCAAAACUGGAGCUGGAUGAGAAGAGAAGGAAAAGAUGGGAUAUUCAGAGGAUCAGGGAACAAAGAAUUUUACAGCGACUGCAGCUCAGAAUGUAUAAAAAGAAAGGAAUUCAGGAAUCUGAGCCUGAGGUUACCUCAUUUUUCCCUGAGCCAGAUGAUGUUGAAAGUUUGAUGAUUACCCCCUUCUUGCCUGUUGUAGCAUUUGGACGACCAUUACCAAAAUUAACUCCACAGAAUUUUGAGCUGCCCUGGUUGGAUGAGCGGAGCCGAUGCAGGUUGGAGAUCCAGAAGAAGCAAACACCUCACCGGACGUGUAGGAAAUAGCUGUGCUGGCAAGAGCCCUCUGUCUUCAGAUAGUUGUAGCAUGCCAUUCCCAGAGAGUGGCAGAGACCACUGUAUACGUGACCUGUGUCCUCAUGUAUGUUAUCAUUUGCUGAUACCUUCCCAUACUCCCUUGAUUUUGGGUUUGUUUUCAUGACUCUGAUUUUACAAAAACUCUUUCUUUGGGCUAAUUGUGAAUUAUGGAGAGUGACUGGGAUUUCUUUUCCCUUUUUAGGGGAAUGAGCUCUCAAGCUAAAUCUAUAGGAUGGCAGAUUUGGAAGUGUCAGGUGUCUGCCGCCAUACAUUUGCCUAUGGCAAAGUGCUCUCUUCAUUACACUUGUGGAAGAGGAAGCAAUCUCUGCUUUUAAAGCUGUGCCUACAUGGCACUCUUCUCGCCCUGGUAUACCUUUCCCUAUAGUUUGGGCAUAGUGGUUUUUACCCUAAAACAAAACGAGAAAACCUCACCAUGAGCUUAAGAACCAGAUGAGGAAUAACAAGUGAAGUGAUGAAGCAAGUCAUCCUCACAGAGUAGAAAGGAGACUGGAGAGUUGGUAGAUAAACGUCUGAAAAGACAGAUGUUCUCUUAAAACUAUUCUGUGAUGGAGCCAGGUGGGGAGAGAUAUUUAGCUAUUAUUAUUUUCUUACUUAAUGGGUAACUGAAUUUCUUUCCCCACCCCUCGAAAAAUAUCUUUGGAAAGGUAAUGAGGAUGAUUAGUUUUGGACAAGUUACAGCUCUAAACAAAAGCAGUUGGCAUUUGGGAGUGGCAUGCCAGAACCUGUAUAGAUGUCGUGUUGCAUCACUUCUCAAGUAUUCCUUGUUGGGUUUUAUUCUUUUAGCUGAGCUCUUGGUGAUGGGGUAGAGGUUUAGGGAGGGUGGGGGGUGUGGAAAUCUGUGCUUCAUUUGGCUGGCAAAUGUCUACAUCUUGAAACAAACAGAUGUACCUGAUGAGCUUCUCCAUUCAGUUUGUAAAAAUACAUUUGUAUAUGUACCAUCUUGGUUCUUUUUUUUUUUUUUUCCCCCGUUUUGUUAAAAAAAAAAAAAAAAUUCAGGACAGCACUCCCAGGCCACUUUGGUCUCAGUGUAAGAUCCCUGUAACUAUCUGGAAGGAAAAUAGAGCCAAGACCUCUGGUCUUAAAUAUAUAGGAAUUGCCUUUCAUUAGUCUUCAGGACUAUUGUGUGAAACAAGUAGGGGUCUAAUCUCCUAGAAGGUAGGGGUUUUUAUCCUUGAAGAGAAUAUUUCCCCAGACCAUUAGCACUUUUAGAGGAGAAGCCAAGGUAUGUAGGGUGUGUGGCCGGCCCGUCAGUGGAGCAUGAGAGAGAAUGGGAUACCAUUGUGGGAAGAGAAGAAAAGUUCCUCAGGGGCCUCCCACUGCGAAAGCUUUUUGUGAGAUAUUGAUCUGUGCUCCCUGAGUUUGACUUUUAAAGGAAUUAUUCCGGCAGCACAUGUAGUCUUGGAUGAUCUUGCUGCUCUUAUUUCUCCUUUUUUGUGUGUGUUUGUGUUCAUCUGUAACUCCAUCUGCUUAGGAGAGUGGGCUCUCCAUAAGGGAACCUGCUGUGAACUUCAUUGCAGCAAGGAUGUAGAGAGAAAUAGGACUUACUCCACUAGGGGCUCUCAUCUCACACCUUAAGGAGAGGAAGGAGAUUUCUUGAAAAAUUGGGCCAGAUUUUCUUUGUUCUCCAUCAUUUUAAUAUGGCAAGCUAUUUAGCUUUCCUGCUCUGACCUGUUAUAUUCCUUCAUAAUGUGCCCAAAAAGAAAAAAACGACCAAUCAGUGUCUCUACUUUAUUCUUGAUCCCUCUCAGUUUCUUCUUGAUUUUCAGCAUUUGUUGGAUUGUUAAGUUUGGAUACAGGUUAGCAAAUUUAAUCUUUAUGUUUAUACCCUACCCAGGGGACUCCCCAGAUUCUGAACUUGAGCUAGACUGAGAGGAAUCCAUGAGGUGCUAUCUGGCCAAACUUAAGUGGAUUCUACUUCCUUGGUUCUCCCUCUCCCUGAGGACCUCUUACUUUAUCAUCCCCUCUUUUAGAUCAAUUCUGCUGUGAUUCAAGUAUGUUGAGGUUUGUUGAGAAGGAGGUUGGAGAGUAGAUGAGCAAAGUUCCAAAAGUGAAAUUACAGUGUGUUACAGUGUGGGGGGAAAAUUAGUCUUACUUUUCCCUACAUGGGAUACAACACUGUGAAAUUCAAUCUUCAACUGAAAGCCCUGCAGUUCUCCUAAAACAUAGUUCUCUGUUUAUCUUUCUUUAACCAAGUUUAAGCUAGUGUUAAUAAAUUAAAAAGAGAAAUUGCUUGUCUGUCCACUUCAGCUUUGUUUUAUGCUCAUUUCAUAUUGUUGUCUGUGUUGUAAUUCAUACUUUUGAUACCAUUUCUGAUGUGUAAAAUUGGUUGUCUUGUAAAUAUCUUAUAAAGAGUUCAAUUGUAAAUAAACUAUUGUGGCUGUUAA